AUGCCUGCCUAUGUGGACUAUGGCUACACAGACACCUCCUUCCCGGAUGCCUCGUUACAGGGGGACGACUUGCACCACUAUGCGCCGGCCUUGCGCGACCUGCCGCGCCAGCAACAGCAAGUCCAGCAGCCGUUCGCGCCGUAUGAUUCCGAGAUGGUGUACAACAUCAAUCAGCAAGCCCCGACGCAAACCCCGUACGAGGUCGUGUCAUCCUACGGUUCGGCACGGCAGUCUGCAGCGAUGGACGCCCUAUCCAGUCAAUUUGCCGUUCCACAAUAUUUCCCUCCCAAUGACCCGACGGCCGUCGGGGAUCCGGCCCUGGGCUCGUCCUACUUGAACUCGCACUUGUCUCUGUCCGCUUAUAACCAGCCGGGUCCCAUUGGCCGCUCGACCGCAACACAGCCCUUUCCCGCAACCAUGGCCGAGUUGCCCCCAGGGGGUACUGCCGCACGUAUGGAGCCUGCUUCGCCAUCGCAUCCGCAGCAACAGGAACCGCCAUCGUCCUCGCAGGAGGUGGCCGAACCGGCGAACCUAAGCGAAGCCUAUGGCCAGUUCCAGCGCGCCUUACGCGGGACCUUUGAUCAGACGCGCACCGGCCGAUUGGUAGAGGCUAGUCGAUCGCUCUUGGAAAUCUCCGAGUGGCUUGUGACUAAUGCGCGGGAUCUUGCUCUGGAACGACUUCAAUAUCUGCUGGCUGGCAGUGUGUCAGAAACAGAAGGACAUGACAGAGGAGAUACUCCAGACGGGCCGACAACCGCCGCAUACGAGUCUACUGAGCGUCGAUGUGAUGGAGAAUUUGGGAAAAGAGCUGAUCCAGCUGUGCGAUCGGAUCGAACAACAUGGGUUGGUCGAUUACGAAAUGGGGGUCUGGGAAGAGGAGAUCCUUUCCGGUAG